AUGGUAAGUUUAUCACACAUUGGUUGUAUUACACUAGCAUCAACUGAAGUACUAUCAGUACUUUCUAUGCAACUUGAAUAUCAUAAUUCAUUGAAUAUACAUUUUGCAUUUAUAUGUCAAAUGAAAGAAUUUAAAUAUCAAUUAGGUAUUCAUUUGCCAAGAAAAUCAACAAUAUUAACAGAUAUAACAAUAACAAAAAAUAAUUCUGAAGAGAAACAAUUUCAAACACAACCAAAAUUAUCAACAAAAAGAUCAAAUUCAAUAAGUUCGAAUAUUUGCGAAAGCCAAUAA